UUCAGUUUGAUUGUGGAGCGAUCAUGACGACGACGCUGCCGGAGAAGGAAACGGAGCAGGAGGCCCGGGAGCGGGAAGCCAAAGCUCAGGAAGAUCGCAAGGAGCGUAAGAUCUACGAGAAUUUUGCCACGCCCCUCGCUGGAACUUUUCUCAACCUCCCACGCGAACCGGUGGAGAUCAAGUGCCCCGCCUGCGGAAUCAAGGAUCUCAGUGUGGUGCAGAAUGAUCUCAAGUGGUGGGCCAGUGAAAUUAACCGCAUUGUUGGAUGUCUUUUUGUGACCUUUUGUUGUUGCUGUUGCUUUAAUUACUAUGUGCCCUGCAAGCAAACUGACAGAAGUCAUUAUUGUGGAAAUUGUGGCUGCUACUUUGGACGCUCUAUGAAGAGGAGGCAGCCACUCAAAUUGAAGGCAACCACCGCCUAGUUCCCACACAUUUUGAAAUUUCUGAACACCACCCACCCACUGCAAAGCCAUCAAAACAAAAAUAAAACUAAAAAGAUCA